UCGCAAGGCGGUAAUAAUCUACUCCAAGAUGGCGGCUUCCAUCGCACUGAUCCGUACCUUAUCAUAGUGGAUAGAGAAAUAACAUUCUCUACUCACGUCGAAAGUUUGUUGUGUACGACAGAAGAUAGUCUGGUCCAUUUACAUGAUCGACUUCGUGUAUAGUACACGUUCGCCAAUGUUUUGUUGAAGUGUGGAGCUGGUCGCGGCGUCUGUCUAAGGGGAUUUGCAUCGAGCAGACUAUGGCCACCGAAAACCGAAUUAAUUUUUGGAGGAGAAACGCCAAGGUUCCCGGCAGUUUGCAGCCGGUCUACGGUGCCCAGCACCCCCCACUAGACCCGCGGCUACGCCGCACGUUUCCUAAAGACACUCCCAAGGUGAACCAUCUGAAGACUAAGAAAGCUUCCAGCUUCCAUGAGUUUGCCCGCAGCACUAACGAUGCCUGGGGCAUUGAGGAUGAGGAGGAUGAAGACUUCUUGGGUGCCGCUGUCCACCCUUCCUCUCUCCCCAUCGGCCUCCCCUCAUCUUCACACACCCAGCCCCCCUUCCCUCCCCCUCCCCAUCACGAGCCCCCUGAGGCGGGGCCGGGGGACAGGCUGCCCCCCCCCGUUCAGGAUCAUCAAGGGCCUGAGGACCCCCCCCAGCAGGAGGAGGAGGAGGUACCAGUGAACGGAAGGGUGGUGAAGUCCAACAGUGAGGCUCACCUGAACGUCUCUGCAGUGCGCUCACCGCUGCAGAAGCAGCAGUCACUUCCUGUCCGGCCCAUCGUGCCGCUCGUCGCACGCAUAUCUGACCAGAACGCCUCCGGGGCUCCGCCCAUGACCGUGCGGGAGAAGAGCCGAUUGGACAAAUUCAAACAGCUGCUGGCCAGUCCCAACACAGACCUGGAGGAGCUCAGGAAACACAGCUGGGCAGGGAUUCCCCGAGAGGUUCGGCCAAUCACCUGGCGGCUGCUCUCCGGUUACCUCCCAGCCAACAUGGAGCGCAGAGAGCUGGUUCUCAGGAGGAAGAGAGACGAGUACUUUGGCUUCAUCGAGCAGUACUACCACUCCUGCACUGAUGACAACUACAGAGACACAUACAGACAGAUCCACAUUGACAUCCCCCGGACCAACCCCUUGAUCCCGCUGUUCCAGCAGCCGGCUGUCCAGGAGGUGUUUGAACGGAUCCUGUUCAUCUGGGCGAUCAGACACCCAGCCAGCGGCUACGUCCAGGGCAUCAACGACCUGGUCACGCCCUUCUUUGUGGUCUUCCUCUCAGAGUUUGUGGAGGAGGACGUGGAGAACUUUGAGGUGUCUGCGCUCUCCUUGGACACUCAGAGGAACAUGGAGGCUGACAGCUUCUGGUGCAUGAGCAAGCUGCUGGAUGGGAUACAGGACAACUACACGUUUGCUCAGCCGGGCAUCCAGAACAAGGUGAAGGCUCUGGAGGAGCUGGUGAGCAGGAUAGACGAGGACAUCCAUGGUCAUUUCCAGAGGUAUGAGGUGGAAUACCUCCAGUUUGCCUUCCGCUGGAUGAACAACCUGCUGAUGAGAGAGCUGCCUCUGAGAUGCACCAUCAGGCUCUGGGACACCUACCAGGCUGAAGCGGAGGGCUUCUCUCACUUCCACCUGUACGUGUGUGCUGCCUUCCUGCUUGAGUGGCGCAAAGAGAUCCUCUCAAUGGUGGACUUUCAGGGCCUGCUCAUGCUGCUCCAGAACCUACCCACGAUACACUGGGGCAACGAGGAAGUUGGCCUCCUCCUGGCUGAGGCGUACAGACUCAAGUACAUGUUCGCCGACGCUCCCAGCCACUACCGGAGAUAGGAGAGAGGAGGCUGUGAGAGGGGAGGCUGUGAGAGGGGAGGCUGUGAGAGGGGAGGCUGGGAGAGAGGAGGCUGGGAGAGGGGAG